AUGCACUUUGAUAAAUCGCCAAAAGAGAAGCCGUGUUGCACUCUGCCCACAGUGAAGAAACUCUUGGAGCAGAAGAGAAGACGUGAGACGUCGUCCUGCUCUACGGCCAGCACCAGUCCUGCUCCUCCUACUACUGUUUCACAGCUGUCUCCAGCAGAAUCAUUUACCUGUACAGGUGCAUCCAGCAGCUACUCAGACAUGGCAGUGAGCUAUGAGUGGACCCCAGCACCAGAGUCUACCCUCAGUUACUACCCCAGUCAUCCAGGUCCCAGCUACGCUGCAACCUACAACAGCCUCCAGAUGCCCUCUGAGUAUGGCACACCACAGCAGGGCCCCGGAUAUCUAGACACGAUGUCUCAAACAUACGAGUGCCCGAUGGCGGUCACAGAUCCCAGUCUGGCUUCUUCUUGGUCACUGAUGGGUCCCGGUCCGACCGCACAGCUGAGUUUUAGUUCUCAGAUGGACCCCACCAAGCUGGACGAGGCCAGGAUGCUGCUCCAAGGGAUGGACUACAGCAGAGCGACUGGACAGGACGAAGACGGAGACACCAUCCUGCAUAUCUACACUGCCAAGGGGCUCCGGGAGUGUGCCUUCGCUGCUGCAGAGAAGCUGAGGGAUGUCGGCAGGCUUGAUGCCAAAGAACACAAGGGAAAGACUGCGUUACUGGUGGCAGUGACGGCAAACCAGCCGGAAAUUGUGCAAGAUCUGCUGUCGUUUGGAUCAGACAUCAACGCCUGCGACGUUAAAGGACAAACUGCCCUCCACCUGGCUGCUCACUAUGGUUUACCUGGAGUUCUGCAGGUAAUUCUGUCCAGCAGGCCGCCUGUCAACCUGGAGGCUCGCAAUUUUGAGGGUAUGACUCCUCUGCACUGUGCAGCGAUUUCUCACAGCGUCACCAUGAAGGCGUUGUCCAGCAGCGGACUGGCAGAUGUUGUUCUGCAGACCAAGGCUGUGGAGAAGCUCUCCUGUGUGCAGAUGCUCCUCAGUGCUGGGGCGUCCCUGCUCAGUCAGGAAAUCAAAAGUAACAAGACUGUACUGCACUUGGCAGUAAAAGAGGGGAACAUCGAUCUGGUGACUUAUCUGCUGAGGAUUCCCCUGCCCAACAUGAAAGACUUUGUCAACAUGAAAGCGCAUGGUCACACAGCUUUACACAUGGCAGCUGGUCUCCAUGGUAACCCUCACCAGGAGGAGAUCAUGCAGCUGCUGCUGCACAGAGGAGCUGAUCCCAGCACCCGCAACCUGGAGAACGACCAGCCAGCUCACCUGCUGCAGAGCGGCCCGCAGGGAGACAAGCUCAAGCUCAUGCUGAAGAAACGGAGUGCUUCCUCUCGUCGACGUAUCGUGUCCUUGCAGGACCAGGAAUGAUUUGAAAAUCCCCAUUUGUAAUCCCCAUUUAGAGGGAAUGAGUCUUUAAGACGUUGUCUCUGUUAAGAAGGGGAUUUACAGUUUAUUGUUAUGUUGCUUUGGGAGUCUGUGGCCUAAAUAUUGUCAACAAACUAGUCUGGGAUAUUAAUCUCUGGAUAUAAUUCACAUUGGAUUAGACAAAUUAUGCUUUAACGCAUAAAGCUUAAAGGGACACUU